UGAUGUCUUCCCUCCCCUCUUGGCCGGACACGGGGCUCGCUGGGACACUGGUUGCUGCCACCCUUCUGCUGGCGUUCCUGAGAAUGUUACAGUGGGUGCGCCUGUGGUGGCAUAUGCCCCCGGGCCCCUGGGGAUUGCCUCUGGUUGGUUACCUGCCGUGGAUCGACCCCCGCGCCCCGCACUUGACGCUGACGGAACUCGUUCACAAGUAUGGACGCGUGUACAGCCUGAAGAUGGGCAGCGUGUCCGUGGUGGUGAUCGCGGACCCCGAGCUCAUCCGUGAGACAUUCAACCAGAAGAUCACGACGGGCCGAGCGCCGCUCUACCUCACGCACGGCAUCAUGAAGGGCUACGACAAGAAUCCAACGCGAACUAGAUGAACAAGCCAAGGGACGUGACUACGUGACCCUGGGAGAGGGCGAGAACCUGCCCUUAACCCAGGCAGCUAUAAUGGAAUCGCAGAGACUCCGCAGUGUUGUUCCUUUGGGCAUUCCGCACGGCGUCUCUCAAGAAUUGCGCGUGGCCGGCUACAGGGUUCCCCGAGACACCAUGAUCCUACCGCUUCUCUGGUUCGUCCACCACAACCCCGACACUUGGCCCGAUCCGGAGCUGUAUCGACCCGAGAGGUUUCUCGACACGGAAGGCCGCGUGCUCAAACAUCCGGCCUUCAUGCCCUUCCAGACGGGCCGUCGCAGGUGCAUCGGGGACGAGUUCGCGAUGAUGAUCCUGUUCAUUUUUACGACCCGGAUCCUGCUUAAGUUCAGAAUCAAGCUCGAGGACGAGUUGAAGGGCGACCCAUCCCAGGAACCAGUGUGUGGCAUCACGCUCUCCCCGAGGCCCUUCAAGCUGGUGUUCGAGCCGCGGGAGUCGAAGUGAUGGCGAUGUUGCACGCGCAGGCACCGUGAGCAAGUCCACACUGCAUGGCUGUGACAUCCUUGGAAUUUGUUACUGGAAUAGGUUUCGAAUAAAAAAAAUGUAUUUCACAACUAUUUAGAAAUUUGAUAAGCCGCAUUUAUUUAGAUUCGUAAUGUUAAUUGUUACUAUACCAUUGUUAUAAGCCUUGCAAUUAUGGAGAUGUAGGUAUGCACGCGCAUACACACGAUGAUAACAAUGAACAAAGACUUAUUUUACUUUUCACUCGCUCAGAUUGUACAAUAUUACGUUUCUCUGUAUUUUGUAAAUUCAAUCUGAAAGUUCCGAAACUUGUUGAUCUAACUCGCAAGAUAGAUGGCUCGAGUUUGUUUGUUUGAUUUUUAUUUCAUUUAUUUAUCACUUUUAUCGAACUUUCCAGAACUCUUAAUUUGCUUUCUUGUGUGAGGCAAUAUAUUUUAGGUUUCAUAGUGUAUCUUAUUUCUUUACAUUCUGUUACCCCUAACUAUGCACAGGUUUUUUACGAUUACCUCUUCCAGGAAUCAAAAAGUUGUUCAUAAACUUGUAAUCAAACCUUAGUUUCAGUUCAUUACUAGCAGUAUAUAAAACAUGUUAUUGAGCAGAAACACGUGGGUUUUAGACACCUCAAAAAUGUACCACAAAUGCUGGAUCCAAUGACAAUAAAGCUUUCAUUUUUC